GAGUGUCAGAAGAGAACAGGGAGUGUGCACCUUUCAAUAGGUGUAUAGAAAGUCAUUUCCAACAGGUAUAGCUUGUCAUGUAAGUUACACCUGCUGAAGUUCUCUGCUAUGCAAUUUUUAAUGGUAAAGGAGUCAUGUACUCUUUUGUACCAGACCACACAAAUCAUCAUUAUUAAUUGCUUACUUUUGUGUGAGAGCUCAACUGCUGAUUUAAUGGUAUAUUAAUAAUUGUUUCAACCUCGGCUCUUCUCUUUCUAAAUGUUAAUCACAAACAUGAUUAUGCAAAAACCUGUUCAGGUAGAUUCCAUACAGUCAUUCAAACCUUGGCAACUGUAACGUAUGAAUUAAAGUAGUAUUUCCCAACGAUGGUCUGGUUUGGACAAUAAUGUCUACUUUUAUGUAUUGGGCUGGGGAGUGAGAUUGUGUUGGCCACUAGACAUGGCUGAUAUAACUGCAAUGCCACCAGAUAUCUCAGUGGCAAUGUUGCACUUCAGUAUGGAAUAUGUGUACAACAUUCCAGGCCAGCAUAUACACAUAGUGAGGCUAAUACUCCCAGGCAAAGCCUAUGAUUCUUGGGUUUUUUGUGUCCACUUUUUGAUGUAAGGCACUGAAAGUGAUAAAGGUAGGCUAUGUAGGCAAGAAGGAAAGGUAUGCUCUUGCUCCUUCCUCACACACUAUGGCAGAUUAUCAUCAAAAUCAAUGGCUCUUUCACAGUACAUAGUCAUAGCACUGUGAUUUCACUUUAAUUGGGUUUGCAGUUUGGUGAGGCACUAGACCUCUGUGGCAGAGGUGUUUAAACAUCCCUCCCUAAGAUGAAAAUCCCAGGAUUCCAUGAGGGAACCAUUGAAGUUAAAGUGGAACCAUAGUGUUAUAAUUAGGCAGCAUGAAAGGGCCCCAGCAGGUCUUCUUCAGGAUGACCUCCAUUGUUGUUGAUCCAUCCACUCCACUUUUGUUCCUCAAAAGAUACAGGGUACAUGCACAGUCUCUGGAACCAGUGUUGUCUCUCACAGCCUUGAUAUUUCAGAUGGGCUAUUUGCUCACUCCACUUCUACAUAAACAUCUUGCAAAUUUAUGUGAGCCUGUUUGCUGCAUCAUUAUCUGACUUUUUUCCCCUCACACACAUAGCACUCUUAUUUUAUUCUUUAAAAAUUGUUCUGAGAAUAUGAGGGGAAGUGGCUGCAUAGUGGACACAAGGACCAUCCAGUCAGUGGCAGUGCUAUGCACAGCCCUAAUCCAAAAACAUGUUUGGGGUAACUAUGUUGGCCAUAUAGCAAAGUACAGUAACAUCCAAGAUCCACAAAGCAGUGAUACCAACCAAAAUUGAGUCAACUAAAAUACACAAAAUGCAUGAUGCAAACUUUCAAAGUUCAUGUUUCUUUAUUUCCCCCCCCUCUCAUGUGUAACACCUUUGACUGAUGAAGGAGCCAGUGGAGCUUCAAAAGCUUGCAUCAUGUAUUUUGUGCAUUUCAGUUGGCCCAAUUUUUGUUGGUAUUACUGUUUUGUGGAUUUGACAGUUAUUGUACUCCAAAGAGUGUGGGUGACUUUAUGAGAGACACAGGGAACAUCGAAUUAGCACUGGGAAAACCAGGCUUCCGCAAAUCUGACUUCUGUAAAAAAGCAAAAGAACAGGUUUCCCCUGUGCUUAAUCCAGGGACAGAGAAUAUGUAGUAGUCUGUAACCACAAUGAUCUUGCUACUGACAUUACAUAAAAUUAAAAUAUAUGCACACCUUAUUUCCUUCCCUGGAGUGGGAAAGUGAGGAACCUGAGAUGAUUAUGAUUAGGUCGGAAGAGUAUAUUGUAUAAUUUGUGGUGAUGGUUUGCUGUUGUCCCACUACAAGGAAGGAGCUGCCAAAAUGCUUGGUAUCCAUGUAUUAGAGUUUUGUGCACAAACUGUUAAUCCAGAACAAUUCUCUUUUUUGGAACAAUGGUAGUUAGGGAGGUAGUUAUAUAAAUACGGUCAUAUUAUAACUGAGAAGAUCUCUGUGUGCUGAUGGUGGAAAUCUACCCACCUGAAAGGGCUUACAGGUCCUCUUGAAAGAGAUCUUUCUUGACAGUGCAUGUUUUCCUCAGGGCAGGAUUUGAACUUGAUAGGUGCAAUUUUCUGCUUGUCUCACUGGUUAAAACAUGUUGGUGGUAUUAUCCUUCUGCCUCUGCUUAAGGUCAAGGAUGAAAAGACAAGUAGGGGAACUUAGUUGUUGAAUAUGUUGAGAAGCUAAGAUGCACUACAGAUAAAAUCAGGUACAAAUCUGUAGAAAUAAUAGCAUUUAACUUGUAGAAGAAGAUUGCUUAUAAAGACUCGCAUGUUUCAAGCUAAGGGCAGAGGAGGUCUGUUUCCCUUUUUCCUACCUUUGAAUUUUUAAAGCCUCAGUUCUUUCCAUCCUAUAGGAUGUUGCCAUGGAUGUUAUAGCAGACUGAUAGCACUACAACAGUGUCAUGUGAAUGGAUCCCAGGUAUUUGGUGUUUAAAGAAAAAGAAGUAAAGUUACACUAGUUAGUAUAAAGAGAUAAAAGGCUCAUUAGAUCCCAUUUUUUCUAAAACCUGUGUUUAUCUUUUUGCAAAAUAAAUACGCUCUGGGUUCUAACUGAUAUAACCUUUUCCCACAGUAUGGAAUAGUGCUUGAUGCUGGAUCAUCUCGAACAACAGUCUAUGUGUAUGAAUGGCCAGCAGAAAAAGAAAACAAUACCGGUGUCGUAAGUCAGACCUUCAAGUGCAAUGUUAAAGGGCUUGGAAAAGUUACUUUUUCAGAGUACUCUUCCAGGAGCUAUAGUAAAAAAAAGUCCAGGGAUAUCUAGUUAUGGAAGUAACCCCCAAGAAAUCGCUAAGCCCAUCAAUGAUUGCAUUGAUAAAGUCAAGGAAAAAAUUCCUUUUCAUUUGCAUAGAACCACGCCUGUGUACCUGGGAGCCACAGCUGGCAUGAGACUUCUGAGGUUGCAAAAUGAAUCAGCAGCCAGUGAAGUCCUUGAGAGCAUUCAAAACUACUUCACAUCCCAGCCCUUUGAAUUUAGGGGUGCUCAAAUCAUAACUGGGCAAGAGGAAGGGGUGUAUGGAUGGAUUACAGCCAACUAUUUAAAGGGCAAUUUCUUGGAGAGAAACAUUUUGAGUACCUGGGUCCAUCCUCAUGGAGCAGAGACUACAGGUGCACUUGAUCUAGGAGGUGCCUCCACCCAAAUAUCAUUUAUCCCUGAGGAAACUACUGAAACAUUCAACAGCACACGACAGGUGCAGCUGUAUGGCUAUUCAUAUAGUGUAUAUACACAUAGUUUCCAGUGUUAUGGAAGAGACGAAGCAGAGAAAAAAUUGCUGGCAUCCAUACUGCAGAAAUCAAGUGAUAAAGCCAGAAUUGAAAAUCCAUGUUAUCCUCAGAAUUACAAAACUGUUCUGACAAUGAAGCACUUGUAUGGAAGCCUCUGUACUGCACAUCUGAGACCAGAGAACUACAAUAUAAGCCAUUCUAUAAAUGUCAUAGGAACUGGCAAUCCAGCUGUCUGCAGAGAGGCAGUGUCUCUGUUAUUCGAUUUUACAUCUUGCAGAGACAGGGAAGAUUGUUCUUUUAAUGGAAUUUACCAGCCAAAUAUUAAAGGGAAUUUUGUGGCCUUCUCUGGAUUUUACUACACUGUCAAUGCUUUGAAUUUAACUGGACAAUUUUCCCUUGCUGCUUUCAAUUCAAGCAUGUGGAACUUCUGCUCACAGAGUUGGAACCAGAUUCCAUUUAUGUUACCCAAAUUUGAUGAAACAUACGCAAGAUCGUACUGCUUUUCAGCAAACUACAUCUACCACCUACUUAUACACGGGUAUAAGUUCAAUGCAGAGAAUUGGCCUCUGAUACACUUUCAGAAGGAAGUUGGUAACAGCAGCAUAGCCUGGUCACUAGGCUACAUGCUUAGCCUCACCAACAUGAUUCCUGCAGAGAGCAAUAGGAUCUGGUUCCCUAUGAAUCCCUCUCUGUUUGCUGGACUGCUUCUCUUCUUCACAGCAGUGGCAUUGUUGUGUCUAAUCUUCCUUGUGUAUUCGUGUGUUGUGUCACGCAUGCAAAAGAAUGCCUGUCAUGUUGAACAUGUAUUUGCAGAAUAAACCAGUUUCAU